AUGAACGACACUGACAAAGAAGUACCGCUUGACAAGGUCCUGUCAAGCUUUCUGACUGACGAGGAACUUCAGGAUGUAACAUUGGCAACAAAUGAUGGCCAAAAAGUGCGGGCAAACCGCUUUGUUUUGUCAGCUAGAUCUUCCGUCUUUCGCCGCAUGUUUCUUGGCAAUUUCUCAGAAGCCACCAAGCCAGAGGUAGAUGUUGGCUUCAGUGGAAGUAUCAUGCAGGAGAUUAUGGAAUACAUUCAUACAGAUACAUGUGCUAGUCUCAAUGAGAAAAAACGAAAGGAGAAAUGGGAUGCUCAAAAGGAGCUGGCUGAAAAAUUGGUGGCUCUUGCAGCCGCUUCAAUGUACUACAAUUUACCCAGUCUCACCAAGAAGAUAGAGCAGAGCAUGUCGAAAUUCCUGAAAAAUGCUCCCUCAUUGUCACUGAUGUUCUUGGCCACUUGCCACAAAGAAAGACCCUCAGUUCCGUCAGCAUUGCUGGAGCUUGCAUGGUCAUUUGUUCGGGCCAACAAAGAAGCCCUUAUGGAUGCAAAGGCACAGACUUGUGUGGAUGCAACUCUGGUGGAGGAGAUUGUGAAAGACGAAAAGUUGGAAAUGGAUGAAUACACUCUAUUUGUUUUUCUGACUCGAUGGGUUGACGGUAACCCAAAGGAUCGACAAGCCAUUGCCAAAAAGCUGGGAAGCAACAUUCGGCUUGAAAACAUCAAUCCCAUGCAUCUAUCUGCUUCAGUUGCCUCAUCUGGAUUGUUCAUGCCAGAUCAAAUCAAUGAAGCCUACAAAAGGCAAGCAUUGAAUGCCCAAAGGACCCACAAAGUAUCAUUUCAGCGAAAUAGGUUUCCCAUUGUUUGGAGAAAAUCUCUCACUACAGAGACUGGUUCGGGUGAGUCUCGUGAUGUCAACACAGACACCCUCAUUUGUCUUCCAAUCAAAGAAGGAAUCCAUGAAUGGACUGUGGAGCUAUUGAAUGACAAUGGUUGUAGGACAUCUGCUGUUUUUGGCAUUUUGUGCGAUGACACAUUUGUGGACAAUGGAUCUCUGGUUUAUACACAAAAGGGUGGGUGGGGAUUUGGUGACUGUGGUGAUGCCUACAGUGAGGGCAAACAAGGAACCCGUGAAGGAUUAGAUGCUAUCGGUGUGGGCGUAGAAGUCAAGCUGACACUCAACCUGAGUCCCAGUGAUAGGCAAAAUGGUACCUUGACCAUGCAGCUCUCGGAUUUCAAUUUCGAACGAAAGGAUUUUGCUUAUGACAUUGUCAACAACCUGCAUGAUCAUCUGAAAUUGCACCCUCGAGGGUUUCUUCCUGCAGUCUCAACUUGCCAUGGUGGUAAGGUCAAAUUUGUGAAAAUGAAGAAGCUCGCGGAAGUCUAG